CCCAUGUCAAUUGAUGCCGAAGGAUUUGUUGGCUAAAAAAAUGAAUAAGUAUAGGAAAUGCAAAUGGGCACUCAAAUCACAGCAAAUUCUAUCCCAUCAUUCUUGUCGAAUUUUGCUUAACGUCAAACCAAGCGCGCGCUGAUGUUUGGCAGUUAUUUGAGAGAAGAGAGAUAUACUAUGCAACAUUCGGUAAGGUUAUAUUAAAACAUUGUCUGUUUGUGUAACUGAUUCCAAUAAUAACUCACGUCAAGUUGUCAAUCAUCUCGUAAAAGGGAAAAAAAAAGCAGGUAUACGUGAUCUCGUGGCUGGCGUUUGGGGUCCUGGUAAUCCUGAAGACGGAUUCGAGUUAAGAAUGGAGCGAAGAUCGUUUAAAGGACAGGCUGUCAACGGCUGAAAUCUACAUUUAUGCUGGAAUUCAAUUUGAAUCGUCUUCGUGCCGCUCGUUUCUUUCUGAUCUGCAGCAAGGUUCCAGAUAUUCCAUUCGGAGACGAAAGAUAUAAUCGACACGAUGGCCGGAGCAAUUGAAAUCUUUUUGUCUUUCACUUUAAUGUGUACUGUCAUUUGGGCUUGCGAAGACGGCCAAGUCGACCACCUGACGGCGAGGCAAAGUUUGGAUGAGCAACUGCAGACCAAUUUUUACCCCACCAAUCCGUGGAUGUUUCCUUACUACUACAACAUCCAGUCGCGAUUGCCAUUGGCAGGGUAUGCUGAAGCGGCCCGGAUACCCUUUCACCGAAAGCCACCAGGCUAUUUCGCCAAAAUCGAUGUCAAUGACGGUCAUAGACAAGAAAAUCGUUUAGGUUUUGGCAAUUCGGGUGCCAAUCUGUUCAGCAGUCUAUUCACCCCACCGAUCCGACCAUUUAGGCCGUUCGCCAACCUCGUCAGCAGGUUUGAAGCCUGUACAUCAUCCAGUGGCGACGCCGGAAUCUGUACAUCAGCUUUGGCCUGUUCCUUACUUUCUAGAAAGCCUAGUGGUUCCUGUAAUCUGGGCAGAGUCUGCUGCGUCGAUGUAGUCAACAGUUGUGGAGGUACGGUGACUUUGAACAACACGUACUGGCAAUCUUCCUCUACUCCGGUUAAUGCCCCUUCCACUUGCGUAAUGACCGUUCGCUUGGACAAUAAACUCGUGGAACAAGCUUCGCCUAUUUGUCAAAUUCGGCUGGACUUUGUUUCGUUCGCGAUCGCCCAGCCAACAGCCGGAACCUGCACGGACACCUUCCAAGUUGGUGGAUCAACAACUGUGGCUCCUACCAUUUGUGGUACCAAUGCCGGACAACACAUGUAUCUCGAUGUGCCGUCAUCUGCUACUUCUCCUACCGAUGUCCAACUCAUUUUCAAUUUCGCUGGAUCAGCUACUCGUUCAUGGAACAUCAAAAUAGCGAUGCUACCCUGUGGGGCCUCUUACCUAGCACCUCCGGAUUGUCUCCAAUAUUUCACUGCCGGAGCAGGUCAAGUCAAAUCGUUCAACUGGCAAGACUCCGCUGCCCAGCAACUUAAUAACCAAAAUUACAACAUUUGCUUCAGGACUGAACUUGUUGCAUCAGGAGCGAGAGCAACCCAGCUGUGCGUGUCAACUUGUACGACGGCGAUCGCUGAUGUUGGCUUUUUGUUAACUGGUGAAGCCGGUGACGAUGCUAAUUUUGGUACAGGGAAGGACAAAUGCACUUACGAUUUCCUUGUCAUUCCCGGUGGACAGGAUCAAGCUAGCCCCUUCCCUUUCUACGAUCGUUACUGUGGUGGCGCUAUCGGCAAAAUUUGCACCAAAAUCAGUCCCUUUAGAAUGAGUAUCGGAACUGACGGCAUUGAAGACACCACCAUUGAUGCGACUAUAGCUACAGCUGCGCAACCCGAUUCUAUGACUGUUGAAGAUAAAGCCAAUACCGGAUUCUGUCUUGCCUAUCAAGAACAAGCGUAAAUCUGGUGCUGGACAAUGCCCAACAUUUUCAUUUUACCGAAAG